AUGAGUGGGAAAUUUGUGAGGGCUUCGAAAUAUAGACAUGUUUACGGCCAAGUGGCCAAAAAGGAGCGUCAGUACGAGAACAUCCGAGUAACCAACAAUGCGUGGGACUCCAAUUUGAUUAAAGCCAGCAGCAAGUUUCUGGCGGUGAACUGGAAUUCCUCUGGAGGUGGUGCGUUUGCCGUAAUUCCUUUGGAGGAAGCAGGUAAAGCCCCAGAUCAAGUACCUCUCUUCAGAGGUCAUACGGCACAUGUUUUAGAUACUGAUUUCAACCCUUUCGAUGAUUACUGUAUAGCAUCGGGCUCGGAUGAUGGAAAAAUUGGCAUCUGGGAAAUUCCACGGGACUACUCUUUUCACAGUUACACGAACUCCGAUGGCGAUCCCAAGGAUAUAUCUCCGAAGAUGCUUCUAUCAGGCCAUGGUCGCAAAGUUGGACAUGUUCUCUUCCACCCAACUGCAAAAAACGUGUUGGCAUCUUCUUCGCUCGACCACACGGUAAAAAUAUGGAAUGUCGACUCUGGCAAAGAGCUCUUCAAUCUGAAGCAUCCCGACAUGGUUACUUCCAUGUCAUUCAGUUAUGAUGGUAACCACUUGGUGUCAGUCUGUCGUGACAAGAAACUGAGAACCUGGGACAUCAGAGCCGAAAAAAUUGUCAGCGAGGCGCCAGCACAUUCCGGUGCCAAAAACCAAAGAGUGGUAUGGCUCGGCAAUUCUUCGAGGGUAGCAACCACCGGCUUUUCAAAGCUAAGUGACCGUCAGAUCGGUAUCUGGGAUGCAUUCAAUCUUGAACAGGGUGACCUGGGUGGCUUCUACACUGUAGAUCAGUCCUCCGGUAUAAUGAUGCCAUUUUUCGAUGAUUCCAACAAAAUCUUGUACCUGGUUGGAAAGGGAGAUGGAAACAUCCGCUACUUCGAAUUUCAAAACGACGAGCUUUUCGAACUAUCAGAAUUUCAAUCCAUUGACCCUCAAAGAGGCUUCGCGGCUGCGCCAAGAAGAGCUGUAAGCGUCAAAGACAACGAAAUUUUGAAGGCUUUCAAGACGGUCAAUGACCAUUGUAUCGAACCCAUUUCCUUUCACGUUCCUAGAAAAUCGGAUAGCUUCCAGGAAGAUAUCUAUCCAAACGCUCCAUCUGGCGUAGCAGCCCUAAGUGCUGAGGAGUGGGCUUCGGGCAAAUCCGUCGAAGGUCCUCUUUUGUUCAAUAUGAACUCUCUCUAUGAUGGCUCUGAAACCGUUCUGACACCCUCUGCCGGGAGUGAAGUCCUCAAAUCUUCUUCUGCUCCUGCUGAGGUAAUGAAAACGACGGAGAAGAAGUCGAGUGAUGAGAACAUCAAAAAUGAAUCUUCAUCAACGAAGCCAUCGCCUUCAAAGACUAAGUCACUUUCCCCUGGUGUAGCAGCUUCUUCUGAGACCAAUGCCCCCGAAAAGAUCUCUGAAAAGCCAGCUAGUGUCGCAAUUGAUGGAACGCUCCAAAAAGACAAAUCUGUCGACGAACUUUUACAAAAGGCGACCGAUCUAGAUGAAGUGAACGACGCGGAGGACCCAUCUAAGAGAGCCUCGACUUGGGAUGAAGAGGAUGAUGUAGUCCCACAACGUGCUAUCACGCCUACUCGCGAAGAGAAUCCUUUGGUUAACAAGAAAGAUGAAAACUUGCGGGAUCAGAAAGUUGCUGAGAAGGAAAUUUCCAGCGCCAAAGAGUCGCCAAAACCCAAAAACGUGCUUUCUAAAGAGCCUACUCCUGCAACUUCUACCACCCAAGACAAGGACAAAGCCAAGUCAAAAGAAGUGCAGCGAGGCAGCGCUACAAUUGCAGGUCCAAAAGCCAACGGAACUGACUCGUCUUCUUCUUCUUCUUCUUCUUCUUCGAGUAGACCUGCUGCUACGAAGUCAAUGGGUCUUCUACAGUCUGCAGAAAAACUCUCCGCUUUAAUUUGCCAUCUCGAGCUGGUCGUGACAGACUUGAAGAAAGCGAACCUGGACAAAGACACACGUUUGGAGGCUCUGGAGGCUAAAAUAGAAGAAUUACUCAAGAGAUAG